CUUAAAACCGCUUUUCUAGAUCGGAUUCUGGUUUUUUUUUCUCCUUUUCCUUUUCACCGUGUAUAUAUAAAUCCCAACUCAGAUCUCUUCUGCUUCCUCUUUGUCUGUAUAAUUUUGUAGAGAGAAAUCAGAAAAAUCCUGAAAAUGGGUUCCAUUGCAGCUGCUGCUGCUGUUACACCAGAGCUCAGUUUAGAAUUAAAAUCCACUUAUGUUCAUAAAAGUAUAAAUCUUUUCCUGAGAGAAAUCUCUGUGAUUGGAAACGUUUCUGAGAGAUUAUCUAAACUUGAUGAUUAUAUUCACCGAUUAGAAGAUGAGAUGAAGAAGAUUGAUGCCUUCAAACGAGAACUUCCUCUUUGCAUGUUGCUUUUGAAUGAUGCUAUUCUGAUUUUGAAGGAGCAGACAUUACAUUGUACCACAUCAUCAUCAACAACAACAGAUGCUCAUCCUGUAGUGGAGCAAUUUAUUCCAUUAAUGAAGAAUAAUUCAGAUGAUGGGUUAAAAAAGGAAAAAGUAUCCAAGGAUAAAAUGAGCUGGAUGAGCUCUGCUCAGCUCUGGAGUAGUAAUUCUUCUCAGGAUGAGAAAAAUAAAUCACCAUUACAGAGACCUGUAGAAGAAGUUGCUGAUGAGUGUGAAGCUCUGAACACUUUACCCAUGCGUAAAUUUAAGAAACUUGAUGGAGCAUUUUUGCCAUUUAAGGGUUUUAAUGGAUUUCCAGUAACAAUGCCAAGGACAGUAAGGAAGGAAGAUAAAGAAGUUCCACAACCAACAACACCUUCUCUAUCUCUUUCUCCUCCUUCUAGUGAAGAACAAUUGAAUUCUCGCAGCAGAAAUAUUCAAUCCUCAGCACCAACCACAACAGCAAACCCACCAGUCUAUUUACAGAAUGGAACCCCUCAACCACCUUCUAGGAAGCAUAGGAGAUGUUGGUCUCCUGAUUUACAUAGACGAUUUGUUAGUGCUUUGCAACAACUUGGGGGUUGUCAAGUGGCUACACCAAAACAAAUUAGAGAAUUGAUGAAGGUAGAUGGUUUAACAAAUGAUGAAGUGAAAAGCCAUCUUCAGAAAUAUCGUUUACACACUAGAAGAGCUCCUAAUUCUUCUUCCACUACUGCUGCAAAUGAACAACAAGGUGUUGUUGUUUUAGGAGGAUUAUGGGUAUCAUCAUCUCAAGACAAUGACUAUGGGUCAUCCAAAUCUGGCAAUUCUGAAUCUGAAUCUCCACAAGGACCCCUUCAAUUGGCAGCGACUAAUGGUGGGGUUUCUACUACAUGUGGUGAUGAUAGCAUGGAAGAUGAAGAAGAUAGAAGGUCAGAAAGCUACAGUUGGAAAGGUCAUCUUCAUAAACCAGUAGAGAGUGAUGCUUAAUCUGGUCUAGUUAUGGUGAUUACGGUCUCUAUAUAUACAAUGGGGGUAUUUUAGAUCAAUAACAAAUAUAUACAUAAACCAUGAACAUCCUGAGAGAAGAUAGUGAAGGAGGGUAGAAAUAUAGAGUCAGAGAGGUUUAACAAAUUUUGCAGGUGUUCAGGGAGUUGUUUUAGGUUUCUUACUUCAAUUGCUUCCUUUUAAGGUUUUAUCUCUUUUAGUCUUGUUAAAAAUGGAAGUAGUUCAUGUAUAAGAAUCUAAUAUCCAUAUAUCAAAACAUUAACAGAGAGGUCUUUUCCACUCAAGUACAAAUAUAUUUUCAUGAAAACAUCUU